CCAGGGGAGGGGACCGCAUCCCACCUGCCCCUGCCUCCCGCUGCACCAUGAGUGGCUCCUUUGACAAGAAGAUCACCAGCAUCCUGACCGACCUCUCCAGUUCCCUGAGCUGCUCCAAGGAUUCCCCCACCUUGCCCGAGUCCUCGGUCACCGACCUGGGCUACUACAGCGCCCCCCACAGCCAGCACGACUACUACCCCAGCCAGCCCUACAGCCAGCCCGUCAACCACUACUCCUACCACCACCAGUUCGGCCUCAACGGGCUCGCGGGGGCUGGGACUUACCCCCCCAAGGCCGAGUACCCCUACAGCCCCUCCUACAGGCAGUAUGGGCAUUUCAGGGAGCAGCAGCUGCCGGCCCAGGAAGCAGUCUCGGUGAAGGAAGAACCGGAACCGGAGGUGAGGAUGGUCAACGGGAAACCCAAAAAGAUCCGAAAGCCCAGAACCAUUUACUCCAGCUACCAGCUGGCGGCUCUGCAGAGGAGGUUUCAAAAGGCUCAGUACCUGGCCCUCCCCGAGAGAGCCGAGCUGGCUGCUCAGUUGGGGCUGACUCAGACGCAGGUGAAAAUCUGGUUCCAGAACCGGAGAUCCAAGUUCAAGAAGCUCUACAAAAACGGGGAAGUACCCUCGGAACACAGCCCCAAUAACAGCGACUCCAUGGCCUGCAAUUCUCCGCCUUCUCCUGCCCUCUGGGACAGUAACUCUCACAGCAACCCCUCCAGCAGGAACCAGCUCUCCCAGCAGCUCCCCUACGGCUCUUCCCCAAGCUACCUGGAAGAGCAGCACAACCCCUGGUACCACCACCAGAACCUCAGUGGACCUCACUUACCGCAUCAAGCUUUGCCCACUAACACCAUGCAUCAUACAUCUCCCGGGCCUCCCAAUCCGGGGGCCGUGUACUAACCUCCGGCCUCCUCGGACCAGGGGAGCAAGAGGAAAUCAUCACCGCCGCGGCCGGACCCUUCUUAAACCGUGGGUUUGUUUCCAGGACAAAGGCAGACACACACAAACAUUCCAGCCUGUCUCGCGACCAGCAGAGCUGCAAAGGGUUAAAACGAUCAGAGGACGACCCACAAGCGAGGCAGGAGUG